UUGCAUUGAUAUCCUUAAAACUUGUAAAGUGUACAACAUUAGUCCAACAAACAUUAAGUCCAAAAUUUCACUUGGUGACUUUUUAGCUGUUAAAAAGUAAGGGUGUGAAGAUUCAUGCGUUACUUAGGGGACUAAUUUUGCUCCAUUACAAGCUUUAGAAUAUGAUAAUUCAAAUACCAUAUAAAUCCAAAACCAACCCUGCGAAGCCACCUCAAAGCUAUUGAAUAUUGAUAACAAACCAAGUAGCUCAGCUAGUCCCAAAAUUGCAAAAGGAAACAAAUUCAUGCAAACUAUGCCACCAUAAAUAACCAUUUAUAACACCUCAAAACUUUAACUAAAACACACAAGCUGCCAAAUUUGAUCAUCAUAAGCUCCUUGUUUUCAACGCCCAAAGCACUCCAAAGCACUCUCACUUUCUCUUUAAAGUUUAAACCCAUCGAAACACUCCCUCUCCACUUUCCCACCAUUAUUCAUCAUUCAACUUUUUCCUUAAAUCUCCCUUUUUUUUUUUUUUUUUUUGUGGGCCCUUAUGUCUCGUUGCCUAACCAGAAAAACAACAAUGUCAUCUUCUUCCCCAUACGAAAUCAUCCUCACAAGCUCGCCUGACGGUCCCAUUAUUGCCCAUGACGCUUCCUCCGGCGCCAUUCUAACCCAUUUCUCCGAUAGCCGGUCACCUCGCCGGGGACUCGCUGUCGCCGGCAACACCUUCAUCGCCGCAUCCCAUAUCUCCCCCACCACCGCUUGCGGUUCCAUCCACCUCUACAACUGGUGGUCUUCCACCGCCUUCCACAACCUCCCUGUUCCCGAGCCCGUCGCUCCGAUCACCGCAACUUCCGAUGGGGCGCUCAUCUUCGCCGGCGGACUCUCUGGCUGUGUUUAUGCUCUCUCACUCCCAUCUGGAGAUAUCCUAAAAUCACUUCCUUCACACAGUAAACCCGUUUCUUGCCUCGGAAUCAGCGACGACGGGUCGCUACUGGUUUCCGGCAGCGACGACGGCACCAUUGCAGUCGUCCCGAUCUUCCAACUCAUGGGUUCGUCGGAAAAUGAAAAUUCCGACUAUGCGAUAAUGCAAAAAUUCACCGCGCAUUCCGAUUCGGUGACAGCCAUUGUUUUCGGAUCUGGACUCUGCACUUCCCAGAUAAUCUCUUCCUCGUUGGAUUUCACCUGCAAGUUCUGGAGUCUCUUGCGCGGAACCCAACUCAAAACGGUGUCUUUUCGAUGCGGCAUUCUAGGAAUUGUUCUCGAUCCGACGGAAUCGGAGUUCUAUGCCGCUGGGUCAGAUGGGUCGGUCUACAAAGCAUCCAUUAAUGCCGGAAGCAGAGAAUUAGCAAACCCAGGUCACGAACUGGUGGAAUGGACGGAAAAGCACGAAGGUCCGGUCGUAUCGUUGGCUAUGGUGAAGGAGGGAAGGAAUCUGAUAACUGCUUCGGAAGAUGGGAGCGUAUGGGUUUGGGAUGUUGAAAGAGGGAAAGUGGUAAUAGAGCUUGGAAACACCAUGGGAAGCAUGAUCAGUGAUAUGGUGGUGGCUAAGGGAAUUAGUUAUGGGAAAGGCCAUGGAAGUGGUGCUGGUAGUGAUGGAAGUGGUGCUGGUAGUGGUGGUGGUGGCUCGAAUAAUGGAAGUGAGGAAUGGAGAAUUGGGUUUUGUGGAGAAGAAUUGAUGAUGGGUUUGGGAAUGAAGGAGACGAUGGAAAUGGAAGAUGUAGUGAGAGUUGCAGAGAAAGAUAGGAGUAGAGCUAUUGAUAUGCUUGAAUCUGCCAUUGGUAUGUAUGAGAAGCUUUUGGAACUUAUUCUUAAGGAGGCCAAAGGACAAAAUGGUGGUGGUGGGCAGUAGACAGUAGGGGAAAGAGAGAGCGAAUCUGUAAACUAAUAUAAUGGUUAAUUUGAAAAAUCUGAAAAUUGACAGCUUAAAAUUUUUUAUUUUAAUCAAUUAAAUUUAUUUUAGGAA